CCUUUCUUUCCCGCCUCCAAUUGAAUCCAAACAGACGGAUUUCUUUUUCUUUUUCUUCUUUUUGCUACCAGAAGCCAAUUGACCAAAUCAUCUCUUCGUCCAGUCAACCGUUCCCCAUACCACCCGGUUCGCUACACAAAAAGUAUAUAUAGACGGCACAGAACCAUCCACGGCCGAAACCGAGACGCGGGUUGUCCAUUCCCGGCGACAUAUAGAAUACAUAAACACGGCACACAUUUAUACCGGUAUAUACCGUUGGAGAUAUCGAAUAGGACAAGAUGGGAGCGGGCGGAUCGAAACCUGUGACAGCGACGGGGGGUGGGACUAGACAUGUGUUCUCGAGUGAAACCCCAGUUCAAUUUUCACAAGAAUUCGUCGAGUCCUUGCAAGCGAGCUCAGAGACCGACUCCUCCCGUGCCCAAACAAUAGAACUCCACAUCCAGAACCGCAUCGCCGCAGAACUCGAACGCAUCCGCGCCCGCGAAACACAAACCCUCGCCGACCUCGAAAAGCGCAUCGCAGACCAAUCCACCCCUGCAUCCCAAAAACAAUCCGCCGUCGAAAACUCCAGCUCCCAGGAACCCUCUCUGUCUCUCGACGCCCCGCGCGUUCCCUUCGCCGGCCCCGGCCCCGCCGCUGAGCUCUCCCCGCAAUCCUCCGCACAAUCCACAGCUACCACCGCCAACGGCACACCGAUACACGAGCUGAGCAGCGCGCAGGUGCAGCAGGAGAUCUCGGCGCUGAGCGCCAAGUUGGCGGAGAGGCGGAAAGUGCGGGACCUGGAUGAGGGGGUGGAGAAGGCGCGGGAUGCAGUUGUGAGGUGUUUGAGGGGCAAUGAGAAGAGGCCGUUGGAUUGCUGGAGGGAGGUUGAGGGGUUUAAGAGGGAGGUUGGGCGGUUGGAGAGGCUGUGGGUGGAGAAAAUUGUUGGGUAGGUAGGUGGUAUUUUGUGGCUGGAUGUUGGUAGUUAUCAUUGAUAACUAACCGUGGUGGUGAUUAUGUUGGUACGGGUGGGGGCAUUUUUCUAUAGAUGGGAAGAUGGUUAUUUUUUUUCACUCUCAAAUGUAUACAUACAUAAUGUUUUGAUUGCUUUUUUCCGCUCCAUGUUUUGUUUCGUGUUCAGCAAGGGAGGGUUAGAAAAAUUACAUAUUUCGUGUGCUUUUGCAGUCUCUUCAUGGAGUGAAAAUUAUAAACCGUAUUCAUCAUGUGAGAACCGAAUAGGUUUUCUAUGUAAGUGGUCCCAUUUUGCAAUCUAGCAGUAAGUAGCUGCCUCCUUUAGAUGCCCUAAUACAUUCCAUAGUAAAUCAGC